AUGCAGAAGAACGCUGGUGAGUUCGUGGACUUGUACAUGCCGCGGAAAUGCUCCGCCAGCAACCGCAUCAUCGGUGCCAUGGACCACGUGUCCAUCCAGAUGAAUGUGGCAAAAAUCCACAAAGUGACAGGCAGGUUCAACGGCCUGUUUAAAACCUAUGCUAUCUGCAGGGCUAUUCGCAGGAUGGAGGAGUCAGAUGAUUCCAUUCUCUGA